AUGGCCAACCUCACCAAGUUCUCGGUCUUUGGCUCGUGUGGGCGCCUGCUGCUCAGCACCAACCGGAUGUCCACGGAGCUGCUGCAGAACCUGCUAAAGACCAGGCCCACGUACAUUGACUGCCGCGAGUUUAUGGACGACUGCCCUCCGGAGAUGACGGCAACGUCUGUGGUGCCAACCGAGCCCGACAAGUGGGAGUUUGUGGUCGCGUCGAACACGGCCGAGCUGCCGCCGAACCGCACGUUCCCGCAGUUUGGGGGCCCGGUGAUUGUAGCCCGCAAGCUGGCCUACGACCCGCUGCAGGUCCAGUUCCGCAAGCGUGUCAAGGCGCUGCACGAGCGGCGCAUCCGGCCGGUCUCGCGAAAGUUUCGGAUCCCGCCCACGGUGGGGCGCCGCCUCUCGACGGUCUACGAGACGUUCCACGAGCUGCACGAGGGGUCGCUGAAGCAGGGGGUCCCAGAGAUCCGCAUCUCCUGCUAUGACGGGCCGCUGGUCAUUCCAGUGGAAGCCAUCCCGCUGCCAGUGGAGGUGGCGGACUCAAAGGUCGAGUCGCCCGUGGAGGUGCCGGACCUCGGAGAGAAUGUGGACACUCGCGAUUGCUGGUACGGGGUGACACACGCAAAGCUGCAGUACGCCUCUAUGUAA